AUGGAAUCCCUCCGCUACCUCGGCUCGAUGGCCGGCCACAAGGGCUGGAUCACCGCGAUUGCCACGUCCUCAGAAAACCCCGACAUGAUCCUCACUGCGUCCCGCGACAAGACCAUUAUCGUCUGGCAACUCACGCGUGAGGAGGACCAGUACGGCUAUCCCAAGCGCAUCCUCCAUGGCCACAACCACUUCGUCUCCGAUGUUGUUAUCUCCUCCGACGGCCAGUUCGCGCUCUCCUCCUCGUGGGACCACACGCUGCGCCUGUGGGACCUUAACACCGGCGUCACCACCCGCCGCUUCGUCGGCCACACCUCGGACGUCCUCUCCGUCUCCUUCUCCGCCGACAACAGGCAGAUUGUCUCCGGUUCGCGCGACCGCACGAUCAAGCUCUGGAACACUCUUGGUGAGUGCAAGUAUGACAUCAAGGACGAUGGCCACACCGAGUGGGUAUCGUGCGUGCGCUUCAGCCCAAACGUCAUGAACCCCGUCAUUGUCUCGUGUGGUUGGGAUAAAGUGGUCAAGGUCUGGGAACUCUCAAAGUUCAAGCUGAAGACCAACCACUACGGCCACACUGGCUACAUUAACACCAUCUCUGUAUCUCCCGACGGCUCGCUCGCGGCGUCCGGCGGCAAGGACGGUAUCACCAUGCUUUGGGACCUGAACGAGGGCAAGCACCUCUACUCGCUAGAGGCCGGUGACGUCGUCAACGCCCUCGUCUUCUCCCCCAACCGCUACUGGCUCUGCGCCGCGACGGCGUCUUGCAUCAAGAUAUUCGACCUUGAGAGCAAGUCGAUCGUCGACGAGCUCAAGCCCGACUUCGCUCAGUCCUCCGGCACCCGGGAGCCUGAGUGUGUAUCUAUCGCUUGGUCGGCGGACGGCCAGACGCUCUUUGGUGGCUUCACGGACGACCUCGUCCGGGUGUGGACCGUGGUGUCAUAA